CCCUGUUGAGGGGACCAGAUGCAUGCAAAGCCAUGGAAAAAUUGCACAUUGUCACUCCAAUGAACCAACGUCUGAUGUGACACCAUGGAAGACACAAAUCCCCCUCCCUAAUGUCCGUCUGUCUAGCAACGGUCGCAUCAGUGUCUAGCUCGUGUUUGGUGACGGUCAAGGCGCAUCCGCAACCGUGCGCCGGUCACCGACCUAGAUACACGGGCACACAGAGAGAUAAUCGCAAAAAUCAAUUCGAUGUGACAUUAGGGAUGCACUUCUUGGGUGCGAAAAGGUGGGUGAGGCACACGAGCUGAGCGGGCAGCAGGCGGAAGUCCCAAUGGCCUGCACGCACACGCGUGGGAGACAUGCCCGCGUGGGAGACAUGCCAUGGAACGAGUCUCACUGUUGGCCACAUAUGUCGCCAUCGCACUCACGUGGUCAAGGGACUGAUCGAACCAAAAGGGAAAAAUCACGUGAAGUGGGCGCAUUUACAUCGGUGGUCAGUGUAUGUCUGAUUGACCUUUCUGGGUAUGUCGUGGUCCACAAAGGAGAGAGCUGUCAGCACAAUGGCGGGAACAAAUCCAAUCUGACACACACAACGCACGACAGCACAAGACAACACAACACGCCCUCAGAUUGUGCUGGAGCCUGAUGCUGAGCGGGGCAUCGAAUAUCCUAACCAUUUGGAAACUCAGAGGCAGCCUUAGAAGCCCUCUGCCCCUGAGACACAACCAUUCCACAAACAUUACACACACAGCCCGUCCCUUCCAAUGCUGUAUGCCCGUCCGUGACGUACCUGAAGAGUGGGAGUGCGGCAACAAGGCUUCUGGAUAUGAUGGCUGGCCCAGUGUCCUUCUUGACGAAACGCCACCGAUACGAGAGAGACAGUCUGGUGGAUAGACAGCAAAUGGGAAGGGGGGGAGGGAGGGCGCGUCUGUGCACACGUACGCACCGUCUUGCGAGCAAGUAGGUGCUGAGGCUCCAACGCACGACAUUCCCCAGCAAAAAACCGCUGCCUCGUGCACGAAGGUGCAGGCAUAAUCUGAAAUGUAUAUGCGGACGUGCAGAUGUAUGGCAGCUAUGCUGCUUAGCUCAACCCACUCUCUUACCGGUGAGUUGUGUGCAGCAGCUCAUGAGCUCGGGCGCGUCUGCGACGGCCAGCAGCAUGAGCCACAGUGCGGUCCGGACGCCCGUCCUCGAGUGGAGGGGCAUGAAGCGAGGAUGCCACUGUCGACAAAACGCAUACAACGCUGCACACACGCAUACACACGCACGGAGACACGAGUGCCUCAUUCUGUCUCUGCGUGUGUUCGUGUCUACCAGUGGUGAAGGCCAAUGUGAGUCCGAUUGGUCCGAUGAAGAUCAUCGUUCGUCCACUGAAGACCGAGUAUGCCACGCCGCCCCGGCCACCUGCGACCAGGAAGUCGAACACUCCCAUGCUGCCCCCUGUGAUGGACGCAGCGAUGCCGCUGAAGGUCAUUACAGGCGGCAGGCAGGCCAAGUGCAUGAAUAGCAUCUGAGUAUCGACUUGAGCCGCCAGCCGUCCAGCCAGUCCGCCUCGUGGGAGUGUUUUUGAUUGACGACUGAUGUCUAACGCGGCUCUUGGUCGUGUUCGUGCAACACGGAUGGGAUGAGACAAGAUGGCGUUGAGAUUCAGCUCCAGCAAUGCUUCAAGUGGCCUAGAUGAAGGGGGCGAGGGGGGACGGGACGGCACUUGAUAGCAGUUGACACGCAAACACAGCGAUGAGCCGAUCAGUCGCCUCUCUAUGAUGGGUACCCCAGGCGGGUCGAGAAAGAAGGACCACGUAUGGAGCACUGUGUGUUGACACAUAUCAAGAAGAUCGCAUCGCAGGCCCUGAGAAUGAUCCGGACCACUGCAUCCAGGACGACGCAAACUCCAGCAAGACUAUCAGCUCAGCAGCGUCUAACACGGGCACAGGUGGGGGAAGGGGGAAUGGGGGAUAGCGGAUGAAGGGGGCUAGGGGAGGAGAGGCGGAGGGGCUCAGCUUGGGGGCUGGCACUUGAGGCUGCCGAAACGCAAAGCCGGCGAUGAGCCGAGCAGUCACCUCUCUUAAAUGAUGGGUGCCCCAGACGGGUCAGAUCAGAGGAAGGUAUCCCAGGCGGGCCAGGUCAGAGUAAUGGCUGCGGAUGAAAUACCCCCAGUUGACCGUGACACUCACGAAGCAGAGAGCACAGGAGGUCCAGAGGAUGGCUCGGACAACUGCCCCCAAGACGACGACAAACUCCAGCAAGGCCAUGACGACGACAAAGUCUGCAGGAAGACGGGGCGAUAGUUCCCUUCAGCAAUCCUCUGACGUAGAUAAGGGGGGCUGGGGGAUAGCAGUUGACGCUCACAGGCAGCGAUGAGCCUAGCGGUCGCCUCUCUAUGAUGGGUAUCCCAGGCGGGUUGGGUACGAGGGACGGCCGUAUAUCGAAUACUCUGUGUUGACGUUACAACCAAGCAAGAAGAGAAUAUAGCAGGUGAGGACGAUGGCUCGGACCGUUACAUCCAAGACGACGACAAAGUCCAAGGCCAUUGGCGUUGAGAAUCAGCUCCAGGAAUGCUUCGAGUGAAGUGGGGGUAAGUGGGGGAAGGGAGGGUCAGCAGAUCAGUAGCCCUGGAGCCAGAAGUGGUAGUCCAGCGUGCGAAAAAAGAUGAUGCAGUACUCAAUGAAGGCUCCGAGGAGGUAGAUGGCGAGACCGCCGUUGA